GGACGGACGGCAGCCCCCCUUGACGCGCGCCGCUGAGCAGCCCUGCGAAAUGCCAAACUUUGAGGCCGCCUCGUCUACCGUUUCUCACGACCCCGGGCAUGGUGCUGGUCAAGAUGGCAUGCGUGUGCUGGAAUCUGCUGGUGCUCCACGCGUUUCUGGUCCACGGGGCGGAGAGAAGCUCCCCCAUCCUGAACGUUGCGGUCAUUUUGGGGAGGACUCCGAGCGUCACGGAAAGAGACCUCCGUGCUCUCAGCAGCCGGGAUGUGGCCGGGGGGCUCCCCACUGACGUGAACGUGGUGCCCCUCCUGAUCAACCAGACCGACCCCAAGAGCAUCAUCACCCACAUCUGCGACUUGAUCUCGGGCACCAAGAUCCACGGGGUGCUUUUCGGAGACGACAGCGGCCAGGAGGCCGUGGCCCAGAUCCUGGAUUUUAUCUCCUCCCAGACUCUGAUCCCCAUCCUGGGCAUCCACGGAGGCUCCUCCAUGAUCAUGGCAGAGAAGUCCUUCAGGCUUCGUCCCAGGAAACGGCAAACGGCGCUUGAGGACGUGGCUUUUGGGGUGCCUGAACAUUGUGCAAAGGGCUGGGGCAAGACAGAAGACCCACAAAUUGAACGAAGUGGGAUCUUCGGCCUCAAAGCUCUGAUAGGGAGCACCAGGGAACCCUAG